UGCGAGAGAAAGGUUGGACCUCGCCUGAGGGAUGCUGUACCCGCACUGAUAGAAUUGGCCUGCCACAGACACUGGUAUUUAAGUUGAAGAGCAGAAUUCACAAUGAUUCAGCCGCAGAGAGUUUUAAUGGCAAUGAGACCGUGGGACACAGUUCCAAUGCUUCAGGGGGAACACACUGCAGGGAGAUGGCAGAAACCAACAGUAAUGGCAAAACAAAUCUGGAGCAGGAUGAGCAGCCUCUGAACCUGAGUGACAGUCCCCUCUCUGCUCAGCUGACUUCAGAAUACAGACUAGAUGAUCACAGCAGUAAUGGAAAGAACAAAUACAAGACUCUCCUAAUUUCUGAUCUCAAGAUGGAACGGGAGGCAAGAGAAAAUGGAAGCAAGUCUCCUGCACAUAGCUAUUCAAGCUAUGACUCUGGCAAGAAUGAGAGUGUAGACAGAGGUGCUGAAGAUCUGUCUCUGAAUCGAGGGGAUGAGGAUGAGGAUGACCAUGAUGAGCAGGAAGAUCCUGAGAAGGUUAAUGAGUCAGAUGGGGUAGAAGCCGAGCGACUGAAAGCUUUUAAUAUGUUUGUCAGGCUGUUUGUAGAUGAAAACUUGGACCGAAUGGUCCCAAUCUCUAAGCAGCCCAAAGAAAAGAUCCAGGCUAUCAUUGACUCAUGCAGGCGACAAUUCCCUGAGUAUCAAGAGCGUGCCAGAAAGCGCAUACGUACUUACCUCAAGUCCUGCAGGCGGAUGAAAAGAAGUGGUUUUGAGAUGGAUGGAGUAGGUGUAGAUGAGAAGCUGUCUUUACGGCGGGUAGCCGUAGUAGAAGAUUUCUUUGACAUUAUCUAUUCCAUGCAUGUUGAAACUGGGCCUAAUGGAGAACAAAUCAGAAAACAUGCUGGACAGAAGAGAACAUAUAAAGCAAUUUCAGAGACCUAUGCCUUCCUACCGAGAGAAGCGGUGACACGAUUUCUAAUGAGUUGCUCAGAGUGCCAGAAAAGAAUGCAUUUAAACCCAGAUGGAGCAGAUCAUAAAGAUAAUGGGAAACCACCAACACUGGUGACCAGUAUGAUUGAUUACAAUAUGCCAAUUACUAUGGCCUAUAUGAAACACAUGAAGCUGCAGCUACUAAAUUCACAGCAAGAUGAGGAUGAAAGCUCUAUAGAAAGUGAUGAAUUUGAUAUGAGUGACUCUACGAGGAUGUCAGCUGUGAACUCUGACCUCAGCUCAAAUCUUGAAGAAAGAAUGCAAAGUCCCCAGAAUCUCCAGGGCCAGCAGGAUGGUAAGGCUCUCCUUUCAUACAGAAAAUGUGCUAUUGUCUUGUCUCCUUCCCAUUCUGUGCUUUCAUUUAGUACCUGCUGUGUCCUUCACUUCAUAGUGUGUUUCAUUAGCUAUCUUAGUAAGAGGUUGAGCACCUUGCUGGGCUCACCUUUGUUCAUUCGGAGGAUCACACCCUCAACACUGAAUAUUGGUGCAUAUCCCUAUAAAUGCGUAUAUGAGUACUGA